AUGGCUACGUACGCUGACGUUGUUAAAGAAAAUUUAGAAGCAAACGUAAUUACUAACAACACUCGUUCGCGAAAUAUUCAGCCCUUUCAAGUUGAAUUUGAAGAUCAAAAGACAGAAAAUCAUGAUGCUACGCUGUUCGGCUCUAAACCCGAAGUUCAAGACGAACCACGUAAAGGAGCGCGAGGACAAGGAAGGAAAAGAAAACGGAAAUCAAAAGAAAAAAAUAACGGCGAAAUGUCUCAAAUGCCAGAAGGAGAUGAUGAAUAUGGCUAUGAUCCAAUGAAUAUGGAUGAAUACGACGAUGGACAACUCGACGGUACUGCCGGUCCCUCAUAUAAUCCUCAGUCAAGUUACGGUAUAAGAGAAGCUGGUGGUUAUGAUGAAGGUUUCUUUUCAGGGCCUGUACAUCAACAGCAUCAUAAAGGCGGUAGUCAUCAUCACAGGCAAAACCAACAAAGUGAUAAAACUGUUGACCAGGAUUUCUUUAAUGAUUUUCCUGAUGAUUUCGAUGAUGAGGAUUUGAAAUGA